UUGUGCACUCGCCUUGACGCGCACUCGCCCUGUCGCGCACUCGCGCUGUCGCGCACUCGCGCUGUCGCGCACUCGCGCUGUCGCGCACUCGCGCUGUCGCGCACUCGCGCUGUCGCGCACUCGCGCACUUGCGCUGUCCUGCACUCGCGCUGUCUCGCACUCGCGCACUCGCGCUGUCGCGCUAUUGCGCACUCGCGCUGGCGCGCACUCGCGCUGGCGCGCACUCGCGCUGGCGCGCACUCGCGCUGGCGCGCACUCGCGCUGGCGCGCACUCGCGCUGGCGCGCACUCGCGCUGGCGCGCACUCGCGCUGGCGCGCACUCGCGCUGGCGCGCACUCGCGCUGGCGCGCACUCGCGCUGGCGCGCACUCGCGCUGGCGCGCACUCGCGCUGGCGCGCACUCGCGCUGGCGCGCACUCGCGCUGGCGCGCACUCGCGCUGGCGCGCACUCGCGCUGGCGCGCACUCGCGCUGGCGCGCACUCGCGCUGGCGCGCACUCGCGCUGGCGCGCACUCGCGCUGGCGCGCACUCGCGCUGGCGCGCACUCGCGCUGGCGCGCACUCGCGCUGGCGCGCACUCGCGCUGGCGCGCACUCGCGCUGGCGCGCACUCGCGCUGGCGCGCACUCGCGCUGGCGCGCACUCGCGCUGUCGCGCUCUAGCGCUGUUGCGCACUCGCGCACUCGCGCACUUGCGCACUCACGCUGUCGCGCAAUCUCACUGUCGCGCACUCGCGCACUCGCGCUCUCGCACUGUCACGCACUCGCGCUGUCGUGUACUCGUGCACUCGCGCUGUCGCGCACUUGCGGUGUCGCGCAUUCGCGGUGUCGCGCAUUCGCGCACUCUCGCUGUCGUGCAUUCGCGCACUCGCGCUGUCGUGCAGACGCGCUGUCGCGCAAUCGCGAUGUCGCGCACUCGCGCUGUCGCGCACUCGUGCUGUCGCGCACUCGCACUGUCGCGCACUCGCGUUGUCUCGCACUCGCGCUGUCUUGCACACGCGCAAUUGUGCACUCGCCCUGACGCGCACUCGCGCUGGCGCGCACUCGCGCUGGCGCGCACUCGCGCUGGCGCGCACUCGCACUCUCGCGCUCUUGCGCUGUCGCGCUCUAGCGCUGUUGCGCACUCGCGCACUCACGCACUUGCGCACUCACGCUGUCGCGCACUCUCACUGUCGCGCACUCGCGCACUCGCGCUCUCGCGCUGUCACGCACUCGCGCUGUCGUGUACUCGCGCACUCGCGCUGUCGCGCACUUGCGGUGUCGCGCAUUCGCGCAUUCGCGGUGUCGCGCAUUCGUGCACUCUCGCUGUCGUGCAUUCGCGCACUCGCGCAGUCGCGCUGUCGUGCAGUCGCGCUGUCGCGCAAUCGCGAUGUCGCGCACUCGCGCUGUCGCGCACUCGCGCUGUCACGCACUCGUGCUGUCGCGCACUCGCACUGUCGCGCACUCGCGUUGUCUCGCACUCGCGCUGUCUUGCACACGCGCAGUUGUGCACUCGCCUUGACGCGCACUCGCCCUGUCGCGCACUCGCGCUGUCGCGCACUCGCGCACUUGCGCUGUCCUGCACUCGCGCUGUCUCGCACUCGCGCACUCGCGCGACAGCGCUAUUGCGCACUCGCGCACUCGCGCUGUCGCGCUAUUGCGCACUCGCGCGGGCGCGCACUCGCGCGGGCGCGCACUCGCGCUGGCGCGCACUCGCGCUGGCGCGCACUCGCGCUGGCGCGCACUCGCGCUGGCGCGCACUCGCGCUGGCGCGCACUCGCGCUGGCGCGCACUCGCGCUGGCGCGCACUCGCGCUGGCGCGCACUCGCGCUGGCGCGCACUCGCGCUGGCGCGCACUCGCGCUGGCUCGCACUCGCGCUGGCGCGCACUCGCGCUGGCGCGCACUCGCGCUGGCGCGCACUCGCGCUGGCGCGCACUCGCGCUGGCGCGCACUCGCGCUGGCGCGCACUCGCGCUGGCGCGCACUCGCGCUGGCGCGCACUCGCGCUGGCGCGCACUCGCGCUGGCGCGCACUCGCACUGUCGUGCACUCGCACUGUCGUGCACUCCCGCUCUCGCGCUCUAG